UGAGUCCACACUUCACUGCCAACUAUUGCCCAGCUUUAGCUGAGUCCAGUCGACCUCCGGAGUGGAAACCUCCAUCCACCUACACGAACGCAGGUGUCCAGCCGGUGAAUAUUGCAGAAACACGAUCUGUGUGAGGUGACGCAUGUUUAAACCACACCCUGUACACAAAGAACGAUCAUAUCGCUGCUACACGCCCAACAGAGACUCAAACACCUGACGCUUAAUAACCAACUCCAUCUGCUCACGACCCGAUGGCGAAGGAGGCAGACUUUAUGCGGUCUGUGUUGCCCGUUCGCGGCGCUUUUCACUCGGAAGACUCUUCUUUAGCUUUACCUCAGGCGGACAAACUAACUCUCGCGGACACUCACCGGCUGAACAGACUACAGCAACAAGUGCAGCUCACUCUCUCUCGGAAAAGAAAGAAACCAAAAUUGCCAGAGUCAUCACUCUCAGACAGUCUGUCUAGCUGUCAUAUUUCAAGUAGUUCAUCUUUAGGAAAUCUACACACAAAGCGGACGAUAUCCUUCAAUCGUGAAGCUACAAGGUCGUUGCGGAUGUUUGAUCGUUCUCAGUGGUCAAGUACAGAGCCACCUCGAUUUCACAGAGGCUAUGGAAGUUUUCGUUACACCACCAAAAGAGCUGAAUUAUGCUGGGGGUCCAAUUCUCUCACUCUCCCGUCGGCCCCUACAGCUAAACAUUUCCAACUGAAAAAACACCCUCUACGUUACGCCCGCUCUGAGAUUCUCCGAAACCCGGUUCUGUCGGGUGUCACUCAGCUCCCCAUUAACUCUGUGUAUGAGAACAAUCACAUAGAUGAUACAGAUGAAGUAUUUUUACCCAGCACCCCACACAAUGCUCCUGCAGAGAGGAACAGGAUGGAGUUAGAGAAACACUCCCUUCAGAGGACCCUCUGCAAGCCAAGAGAGGGGGGUUUCGGUGCUCUCGAACAAUCAGAGAACGUGUCCUGGCAGAGCCACAUCCGGAAGCCGAGCCUGGAGAUUGUUGCAGGAAGACGACCCUCCCCACCUGGCUCACUAAUCAGCAUGGAGGAGCAGUCAGGAAGUUUAGCGAGGAUAGAAAAGCUGGAGGUCAACAAGCAACAUGCAAUGACAAUGUCAGCAAAGAAGGGCAGACAAGGUGAACUAGGUUCAGAGAUGACUCUAAAAGAGGCUAUAAAUCUCCUGGCACAAGAUAAUAUGGAAACACAAAUCACUGCGGCAAACUUUAUACAGAACCAGUGCUUUAACAAUCCCGAUGCCAAGAAAAAAGUCCUUUAUCUUCAAGGCAUCCCAAAGGUGCUGACGCUCAUGCAGAAUGAGAGCGAGGAGCUCCAGCGGGCUGGCGUCAGCGCACUCCGAAAUAUUGCUUUCGAAAACAAUGAAAACAAAAUGGAAAUCAAAGACUGUGAGGGGCUUCCAGUGAUCCUAAGACUGCUCAAGAAGAACCGAGACAUCGAGACGCGACGGCAGCUCACUGGGCUGCUAUGGAAUCUGUCUUCUCAUGACCUUCUGAAAGAGCAGCUCGCUAUAGAAGCAGUCAAACCUCUUACAGACUGUGUGCUGGUGCCCUGCUCAGGCAUUUCUGAAGGGGAAGACCCCAAGUUGGAGCUCCUCGCUGACCCUGAAAUUUUCUACAAUGCUACUGGCUGCCUGAGAAAUUUGAGUUCAGCCGGUCCAGAUGGACGUAAAGCCAUGCGGGACUGUGAGGAUCUCAUUGAGUCCGUCAUCUAUUAUAUCCGUGGUACCAUUGCAGACUACAAACCUGAUGAUAAGGCCACAGAAAACUGUGUGUGCAUCCUGCACAACCUUUCUUAUCGGUUUGAUUGUGAGGUGCCUCGUGUGGAUUCCCCGGUGGUACAUCAGCCCAGACAGAAUCACAAUGUAGAAACUAGCAACCCUGGCUGUUUCAUUCUCAACAGUCCUAAAAACUCUGAGGAGGAUGCAGAUACAGACUAUCCCCUACUCGAGGAGAACGGCAGCCCUCAUGGUGUGGAGUGGCUCUGGAGCGCCAUCACCGUCCGCAUGUAUCUCUCUCUCAUUGCCGUCAGCACAAACCAGGACACAAAACAGGCAUCCAUUGGAGCACUACAGAACCUCACGGCUUGUUCUGGAGAGACGUCCCAGGCCAUUGCACACUUCAUCGUGCAUAAGGAGGGAGGCCUGUCUCAGGUGAAGAAGAUGCUUCAAGAAGGAGAGAAGGAAGAGAUCAGAAUAUCUGUGUCACUGCUAAAAAACAUCUCUCGCUACCAAGAACUGCAUGCUGAUAUUGUUAAACAGGUGCUGCCGGAGCUGGUUGCCAUUCUGCCAAACUCUGACCGGAGCGUAGAGCAACCAAUAGAGGUCACGGUAACAAUAUGUCACAUCCUCAUCAAUCUGAGCCAUGCAUCUUUAUCGAACACCAGUGCCAUCAUAAACCAAGGAGCGCUACCCAAGAUCAUCAGCAUCAGCUCCAAAGACAAUGGGUUUGGACCAACACGGGCGGGCCAAGCAGCCUGUAUUUUACUUCAUACCCUGUGGAGACAUUCAGAGCUGCACAGCAGUUUCAAGAAGGCUGGUUACAGGAAAACCGACUUCAUAAACAACAGGACAGUGAAGGCUGUGAAUUCUGCUCGUGAUUAAUGGGAUCCAGAAAUGUAUUGCAAGGAAAAGGCUUUUCUUUCGGAAGAUUACUAACAGUGCUAAUAACAUAGCUUUGGUGUUUGUUUGUAUAUUUGUUUUGUCUUAAUUUAACACUUUGUAGUUUAUGUGUUUUAAUAAUAUGCCUGUCGAUUUUACACACUUUUGUUUUAUUUAUUUUUUUACUGACCCUUUUAAAGAUUUUUACUGCCUUUGGUCUGUUUAAAUAACAAUAUUAAAAAAAAUUUCAUCAACAAAGCUA